GAGGGCUUUUGGGCCAGGCAAAUAUGCAGUUGUCUUUGACUAAAGAGCUUGUAGGAUGAAAAUAGUUGGUCCAGACUGAUGAACACAUCCCGUCUGAGGUUUGGGGGUCUUACUUUUAGUUGGAGCUUUCGGGGUCAUAAAUUAUUGUCAAAAAUCUCAUCGAACUCUUCUAACCUACUUGAAUGGAUAUAAUGUUUUGCGCUUUUUUGUUCCUUAUUUUGGGGUUGACGGAGCCCUAUCACGCAAAACCGCUAAAGGAACCUUCGGAGUCGCUGAAAACUUCUGUGGGAAUAUCACCAAGUGGAUUAGAUGGCUUUACUGCGAUGCAAAUUUCAAUACCUAACAAUUUAAAUCUAAUAGGAGAUAUGGCUAGGGCAGAUCAUGUUAUAGUACUUCGGGAGGCAAAUCUUAAGAGAGUACGCAGGGGGGCGAAUGAUGGAAGAUCCAAGCAACAGGAGAAACAGUUCCCCUAUAACUUCAGGUACCCAAGACCUUAUGACCCAGACGGCUAUUUUACAACACCCAGGAAUGCACAUUUGCCUAACAACACACACAGGGAUAGAAGAAAUGGUAGCAAGUCUCUUCGUAUCCACAACCCUCUAUACCCUGUGACUGACAAUUCCUAUGGCGCCUAUGCGGUGAUGCUCCUGUCGCUGAUAGUAUUUGCUGUGGGUAUCGUAGGUAACUUGGCAGUGAUGUGCAUCGUGUGGCACAACUACUACCUGAAAACUGCUUGGAAUUGCAUUCUGGCCAGCCUGGCCUUUUGGGACUUCCUGGUCCUCUUUUUCUGUCUGCCGGUGGUCAUCUUUAAUGAACUGACCAAGAGGAGGUUACUGGGAGACCUCUCGUGUAGAAUUGUCCCUUACAUGGAGGUGACCUCACUGGGAGUGACCACCUUCAGCCUGUGCGCCCUGAGCAUUGACCGCUUCCACACGGCGACCAGCACACAGCCCAAGCCCAGGCUGGUGGAGCCCUGCCAGUCCAUCCUAGCCAAGCUGUCGGUCAUCUGGGUGGGCUCCAUGGUGCUGGCACUCCCCGAACUCCUGCUGUGGCAACUGCAGCAAGAGGUGGCACCGGUGUCAGGCCUGCCAGUGGACUCCUGUGUGCAGCGGCCCUCUGUUGACCUGCCCGAGUCGGUGUACGCACUGGUGAUCACUUACCACGAGGCGCGCAUGUGGUGGUCGUUCGGCUGCUUCUUCUGCCUGCCGCUGCUCUUCACACUGGCGUGCCAGCUCCUCACGCGGCACGUUGCUGAGGAGGCGCGACAGGCGGCGACGGGGCGCCCACUCUCAUCCUCUACCACAUCUUCGUCAUCGUCGUCCUCUUCCUCGCCUAAAAGGCAGCAGCGGCGGAGACGGGAGCGGCAGCUGACCCGUACGGUUCUGGCGCUAGCUGUGGUGUAUGGCGUCUGUGGCCUGCCGGAAAAUGCUGCCAACAUCGCGCUGGCCUAUGCCGGAUUAGAGGUCUCUAUGGCAAUACUGGCUCUGCUGCAGCUGAUUGGCCAGUUCCUGAUGUUUGCUCGGGCGGCGGCCACGCCGGUGAUCCUGCUGUGCCUGUGCCGCGCACUGGGCCAGGCCUUCAUGGACUGCUGCUGCUGCUGCUGCGAUGAGUGUCUGCCCGACCGCUCUUCCUCAUCCACCUCUUCCUCGUCCUCUUCCUCACACUCCACGGCCGCCACCGCCACGUCCACCUCCUCGCCAUCAUCCUCAGUCCCCGAGGACAAGCUCAAAAUCGUCUCAGGCACGUCACCCACCAUCCUCUUCGACAAAGCCAAGGACAACUCCUCCAUCCUGGCCAUAGGUACCCCCUGCUGAGGGGCCAGCCUUGUGGACCCCGUCUCCAAUGACUGUGCUGCUGGGACACUUUAUUACUGUCCCAUCAACUAUCUGUGGGGCUUGAUGUCGGAAAUCAUAAGGGGAGAAGAUGCCAAGUCAUUUAAACAUGGAGGUUAUUCUUUUGCUGAUACUUUCAUGUGUUUGCUGAAGCAACCCAAUACUGUCCAAAAAUCAUAGUUUACUUGUUGAGAGCUGGUGACCCUGUCCAUAUUAGUGGUUUAAAAAACAAUCUCAUCUUUCUAAUGCCCUUGUUGCUCCCAGCACAAGACAAAUUCUGAAAUAAAAGAGGAAAGUGAAGAAAUGAUACUGCUAUUAAGGGUAUAAUAAGAAAUCAGUUUUCCCCUUCAAAAGCGAGUCGGCUAGAAAGAAUAAUUAUGAAUCUUAAACUGUGAAUGGCUUGUGUGGCCUUUAUUAUCUCCUUUGAAAGGACUUUUGACAUAUCGAGUCUGGUGGACUAAAUGAGUCCAGUGAAGGCUUUUCCCCUGACACUCUGACUCAGUAGUUGGCCUUUUGUCUUCUGUUAUGCUAACCCUUUUUUAUGUCGCAUAAUGAACAAGGAGAGGAAUGUUAUGCAGCAUUCUGUAUUCAUCAAUGCAUGACAUUACUUCGUCCACAGGCUGGGUUUUUGUACAUGUCUACUCACAUUAUUGUUAGUUAACUCAAAGCAAUAUAUACAGUUAUUACUGGGUAUAUGAAUAACACUGUGCUGUGGGACUGAUUUAGUUUGUCUUAGUCUUUUCUGCUGAGGGCUGAAAUAUGUCUUGAAUAGUUUAGAAUAUUUUUAUAUAUUUUCAUGGAUAGAAAGACUCCUAGUUUAACACAAUGUAUUUGUAAAGCAAAUAGACACGUCAGUUUUAGGUCUGCAAGGUCAGUGCUAUGGCAUACUUUGGCUUGAUGGCCUGUUGGUAGCUGGUAUAAAAUGAACAAACGAAAUUCAUUUUGUCCAAUCUGGACUGGGAAGAUAUUUCACUAAGAAUUUUCUAUUUUACCAAAAAAAAUGUCUUGUUACAUUAAGAUACAGUGAUGUCCUAAAUUUGAAUCUGGAACUUGACAUCUCCAUCUCCACCUUAAGUCCAUGUAAGAUUGAGCGCAAACAGCAACCAUUUUUGAAGUAUUUUCGGCAGUCAAUAAUGGGGUAGCCGAGAUGUCUCUUUAAAAAAACAUACAUUCAAAUGGUUACGUUUAUUUUCUAAAAUUUGGAAAUGCUCAUGAGAUUAUCUUAUGAGAAACGUGAGCAAAAAAACAAUAAUGCAGGUAUAAGAAUUUGUUAUUUUAGUUGUACAUUUACAUUUCCUUUGUAUUGACUGGGACCCAAUAAAAUAAGUUGUUCAA